AUGCAAUUAAGCUCAGCUCUCGUCUCUGGUGCACUAUUGAGUGCAUCAGCUAUGGCAGCCAACUCCACUUCCAGCGUUCCAUCUUCGUGUUCCAUCAAGACUGGCGCCUCCGUCACUGCCCAAGCCGACUUGGACCAGUAUGCCGGGUGCCAAACGUUGGUCGGUGACCUAACCAUCAGCGGACAAUCGCUUACCGGUUCCGCUGCCCUUGCUAACGUGCAAGAGAUCGACGGGUCGCUCUCCGUGAACAACGCCACCAAGUUGCAAUCGUUCUCCGCUGACAAGCUCAGCAAGAUUUCAGGAUCGCUAGAGAUGAAAUACUUGACUUUGCUCGAGUCUGCGUCGUUUGGUGCCUUGCAAGAAGUCGACUCCAUCGAGUUUUUGACUUUGCCAGCUAUCAGCUCUAUUUCCACUAACUUGAAGACCGUCAACCAACUGCUCGUGUCUGACACCAACUUGGAAUCUAUCGACGGUUUCAACAACCUUGAAAAAGUGAGCGUGUUCAACGUUAACAACAACAGAGGUUUGUCUCAAAUCAACUCCCAAUUGCAAUCCGUUGCCGAGGCUUUGCAAGUCGGUUACAACGGUAACGACGCUAACGUCAAAUUCGAUAGCUUGUUGUGGGCCAACAACAUCACCGUGAGCAACGUCAGCUCCAUUUCUCUUGGAAAGUUGCAAUCCGUCAACGCUUCUUUGGGAUUCAUUGAAAACUCUAUCGAGGGUCUAAACCUAUCUACUUUGGGCUCCGUCGGUGGUUCUUUGAGUAUUAUCGGUAACGACGAUUUGACCGAUGCCGACUUCUCCAACUUGACCGAGAUUGGUGGUGCUUUGCUAAUUGCCAACAACACCAAAUUGGCUCAAAUUGAUGGUUUCAGCAACUUGAAGACUGUUGGUUCCGCUUUGAACGUUAUCGGUAACUUUUCCGAUUUGGACUUGAGCUCUUUGAAGUCUGUCAAGGGUGGUAGUGACGUCGAAACCAAAUCUUCCAACUACACCUGUGACGCUUUGAAGAAGUUGCAGAAGAACGGUGGUAUCCAGGGUGAUGCUUUCGUUUGCAAGAACGGUGCUACUUCUACCUCUAUCAAGUUGUCGUCUACUUCCGGCUCCGGUUCUUCUACUGCUUCUGACAGCAGUGCCUCUGGUUCUUCCGGUAGCUCUUCUGCUACUGCUACCAAGUCUUCCAGCUCUUCCAAAUCCAAGGGUGCUGCUGCUGGUCAAGUUGUUCCUGCCUCCUCUUUCAUGGGUGCAGUUGCUGCUGUUGCCGUUGCCCUAUUGUAA